AUGUUGCCCGCAUCUUACCCUUACCGGACACCCAUUCGCAAGAUAUUGCGAAAGCAAGUGAAUGUAGCCGCGACGGGGAGCGUUACACCGAGAUGUGUGGCUGACCUGGCCCCCGCGAACGCGAAAACCACAGAGCUACGUCCAGACAUCGGCCAAGCGAUGCGCUCUGAGAUGGUUGCUUGCGAUGUGGAAUAUUUCGUCAGCCAUUACAUGCCUAAGUGCUCCCCAGUGAUUCUCGAAGCAGUUCUCGAGCACCUGAAGGUAUCUAAAGCUCUCGUGCCACGGCCCAAGAAUCAAGCAAAGAGCAAGGGAAAGGGAAAGAAAAAGCCGUCGACCUCCCCGGCGACUGGUAAUGACUCUGAGGCGCAGGGUGCGACAGAGGAGCGAAUCCCGGGAAGGGAGUCCUACUCUUACGUUCUCAGUGACUUCAAGCACAAGCCUUCCCAGUUGAAGAAGAUCUACGAGACCAACAAGAAAGAAAUCGCCCCUGGAGACGACGAUGAGCCGCCCAAAGUAGACGAGAAAUCGGUGUUCAGCCCACUUGGAGAUAUCAUACUAGCCAUUCAAUCCAGCCUUCGUCAGGUUGAAGGUGCAGAACCUAACCGAUAUGGGAUUCGCAUGUGUCCCGACACCCACAUCACGUCCGACAUCACCGGGUGUAACCACAGGAUCGACGCGUGUUUGACCAAGAAUGAGGCCGAUGGACUGCAUAUCACGGACAUUGCUGUGCCUUUCGAGUUCAAGCUGAGUCGUACGAAGGAUGAGGUGUAUAAGAAUCGGCUGCAGUUGAUGUCCCACGUCAACCACACUAUGAACGACGAUUCCCGCCGCAUGUUUGCCUACGGGAUCACCAUAGAAGAUGAUCGGAUGUCUAUCUGGUACUUUUCCCGCUCGCACUCUGUCAAAGCGAUGUCUUUCAGCAUCAUCGCACACGCCGAUCUUUUUGUGGAGAUCAUGAUUUCUUUGCUAUGUGCAACGGAUGAACAGCUCGGCUACGAUCCACACAUUACAUUACUCGACGAUCGCAGUUUUAUCUACGAGUUCCCUCCCGAUGGACAGAAUACAGGGAGCGUCUAUUAUCACACCAUUGAAUCCAUCAAUGAAUCGCGUACCCUUCGCCUUACUGGCAGGUCGACGCGCAUCUGGAAGGUACUUCAAGUCGUGUCCAAGACUGAUAGCACCCCGGUGAAGGGGGCGACAGAGCUUAUCCUCAAGGACGUCUCACUGGAUUCCAAUUCGCCAACCGAAGCGGAUAUUCAGGACAUGCUGUUCAAAGACGUCAGGUUGUUUGCGAAGGAUCCCAAUUGGCAGGAGCAUCCGUUCCUUGAGGACUUCCCAGAACAUUACAAAACCUUGCUCGCUACAGCUCUGGAGGGCGAUAACUUCAAGAAAUACUUCUCCUGCAUCACUGCGAAGCAUGUUGGGAGUCCCACACUGUCUGUUCACCCUGAUGCUUGGCCUGCACCGGAUAUCUUCCCAAAGGAAGCGCCACCCAAACAGUCAAUGCAGUCCACCUAUCACUCCGUACGGAUCGGCCACCCCACGCCCGCAGAUUCAAUCCCUCCUCUGUCGAUCUCAGAAUCAAAAGCGCCUCAGAAAAAGAGAGUGAGCGCAACUCAAGAUCCCACUCCGGUAGCUGAAAGCGAUUGCAUCCCAGGGAGGACUCUGGCACCUCGACACCAAUGUCGCUUUAUCCUUGACAGUGUUUGCACCCCCCUCCACGAUAUUCCGACUCUGGGGGAAGCCAUUGAUAUUCUGGAGCAGACCCUUAUUGGACUUUGGAUUAUGUUCUGCGCUGGUUGGGGAACGCCCUAUUUUAUGUCGUGUGAGAUCCAGACCGGAAGGUACCUUAAAGAGGCCAAGAAGACUGGAGGGAAGCUCGGAAAGGCAAAGGGGAAAUCUGGUGAAGGCAAACGCGAAUCACGGAGCGAACAAGUCGCACACAACAUUCAGCAUGACUUAGAAUCCAUUUGGUGGCUCAUGCUUUGGUUGGCAACGACACGCCCGAAAUGCCUUGCCACCGGAACUGCAUCGGUUUUUUUCCAACAACGACUUGACGCCGAAUACGCCUCGCUGAGAAAGCUGCUGUUCACAGAGUCUGAAGGACUCGCCGAGAACGAGCACUUGAGCAGAGUGCCAGAACCAUUGAAGUUUUUCAUCCAUAGCGGUCUCGAGGACUUGCGUAAUGAUCUAUACGCUGAAUACACUGAGCGCAACAAAGCUCCAGCAUCAAGAGACGACAUUACCUCCUACUCGUGGGUAAUGAGCGUCGCAUUCUCCCAAUUCUUUGAUGUCAUUAGAGAGGCGAGGGACGACUGGGGUGGAAUCGAAUUGGUUAUAGAGACGGAGCUUCAGCGCGCUCUCAAGGCGAGUGCAAUGACAAGGAAAACCGUCACUUCGGUUUCUGUGAAGCGCAAGCUAUUUGAAGAGGAGUUAAAGGCUCUCAAAGAGGAUAGAGACUCGGGAGGGGUUGAAGGGGCAUUGGAGGCGAGGUCUUCUCUCAAGAAUAAUGCUGAUCAAGAUCACCAGGGACCCCAAGACUUGAGGCGAAGUCAAAGGCUGCAAUGUGGUAAACUCAAGGACGAUGUACAGGGGCAGGAUGUACAGCCUCGACCCUCAAAGAAGGCUCGGCGCUGA